AUGGACGCGUCCGCGGGCGCGUCCGCGCCGCCGCCGCCGCCGCCGGACGCGUCGCCGCCGCCCACGAGGGACGUUCGCGUCCUGCGCGUCAGCCAGAUCGACGCCGGUCGCCUGGACGGCGAGCUCGCGAGCCUCCUCCGCGAGCAGUUCUCGAAGAUCUUCCUCACGCUGCGCCCGGACGUCCCGAUCGCGUGGCAGCCCGAGAUCACGCUCGCGCUCGACGCGCUCGUGUUCUACUACACCGUCUACAAGUCGCGACCGACGCCCGGGAUGGAGCUCAUGAACUUGCGGUACCGCGACGAGCGACGCGGCGCGGCGACGCGACCCGCGCGCGGAGGCGUCACGUCCGGGAUGGAGGGCGCGCCGCUGAGCGCGACGCAACGCCUCGUCUACGGCGUCGCGUUCGUCGGCGCGCGGUACGCGUGGUCGAAGCUGACGCGCCACGCGAGCGUGCAUCGCUGGGCGGACGACGGCCCGGAGGAGGAGGAGGAGGAGGAGGAGGAAGGAAGGGCGCGGGCGCGGGCGCGGGCGCGGCCGUGGUCGUGGCGGCGGCGCGCGAGCCGCGCCAUCGACGUCGUCGAAAACGCGCACGCGGCGGCGUCCGCGGCGAACCUGCUGCUCUUCCUGAGAGACGGCAAGUACCGCACGCUCCUCGAGCGUCUCGUCCGCGCGCGGCUCGUGUACGACGAGCCCAACGUCUCCAGGGUCAUAUCGUUCGAGUACCUCAACCGGCAGCUCGUGUGGCGGGAGCUCAGGUGCGUUCUAUACAAAAGUUUUUCACCCAUCGCCCGGUUUCAACAUUUGAUCGCGUCCCGUUUCAACUGA